GAUUUCACGUCCUUUUAAUGUCGUGGUUGGGAGGAGAGUAGAAGUGUUUCUAGGGCUUGUUACAAACGAAAAUAUCAUGCCUCGGGUGUACAUUGGACGCCUGAGUUAUCAUGUCCGCGAAAAGGAUAUACAGCGAUUUUUCAGUGGAUACGGAAAGCUUCUUGAAGUGGACCUAAAAAAUGGGUACGGCUUUGUGGAGUUUGAGGACACUCGGGACGCCGACGAUGCGGUGUAUGAGCUCAAUGGGAAGGAGCUUUGUGGCGAGAGGGUGAUGGUAGAGCAUGCGAGAGGACCGCGGCGAGACCGGGAUGGAUACGGCGGAGGAGGUUAUUAUGGAGGCGGCCGCAGUGGUUACAGUAGCAGGAGCCGCUCGGGCAGGGACAAGUAUGGUCCCCCGGUUCGCACUGAGUACCGGCUUAUCGUGGAGAAUCUGUCCAGUCGCUGCAGCUGGCAAGACCUGAAGGACUUCAUGCGACAGGCGGGGGAGGUGACCUAUGCUGAUGCCCACAAAGAGCGCACCAACGAGGGGGUGAUUGAGUUCCGCACCCACUCCGACAUGCGCAGGGCUCUGGACAAAUUGGACGGCACAGACAUCAAUGGCAGGAAAAUCCGGCUGAUCGAGGACAAGCCAAGGAGGCGGCGUUCCUACUCGGGAAGCCGCUCUAGGUCCCGCAGCCGGCGUCGCUCACGUAGCAGGAGCCGCCGGAGCAGCCGUUCCCGAAGCAACUCAAGAUCUCGCUCAAGGUCCCGGUCCCGUCGGCGUCGCUCUCGCUCCAGGUCCCGUCACAAGUCCCGCUCACGGUCGGGCCGCAAGUCCCGCUCCAAGUCCCCCUCUAGCAAGUCUCGCUCACGCACACGCAAAUCCCACUCGCGCUCACGCACCCACAAGUCUCGCAGCAGGUCCACCAGCCGCAAGUCUCGUUCCCGCUCUGACAACCGGAAAUCGCGCUCCAAGAGCACCUCCAAGGUGAAGUCAGAGCGGGACUCGCGAGGCCGCUCCAACGAGAAGUCAGCCAGUAAGAAAUCCCGAAGCCGCUCCACAUCACCCGCCACCAACGGGAACGAAGGCCGGGCCAAGUCGGCCUCUCGCUCACCUUCACCUCCAGCGGAGAAAAGCGGCUCCAAGUCUCCCGAACGGCAUUCCCGUUCGCGCUCCAAGUCUGGGUCUCGCUCCAAAUCCAGAUCCAGAUCCGCCUCCCAGGACUAGAACAUGCUUUCCAGUCGUGUAAAGGAUGGAUUUCAAUGUUGAAGGGCAAGAUGUGUUUGAGCAGUUUUUAAUUUGCUGACCUUCCAUUGGACGAAGCCAGUUAACAAUAAACAAAUUAGAUUAGAUGUUUCAUACGUGGCAUGAUCAGAAUUAUAUGAAUUCGGAGCUUAGAUCUGUGUUGUGCAAAGGAGCAGUCAUGCAGUUAAUCCUUUUCAUAAUGUGAUUUGGAUUUCCCCCAAUGUUGUGCACAAUAUUGCUCAGUUAAUUCAAAAGAAUGAUGCACAAGCUAACACAAUGAGCUGAUUUGUCUUGUGGCUUUGUCAUCUACAUUGAUUAUAUACAGUUUGUGUAUUAUUUCCUGUAAUUGUUAAACCAACCAACUCCCCUAUUGUGACAUUUCCAGAUUAUUGCAAACAGUUAAAUUUUAUUGUGCAUUUUAUUAAAGUCCACAUUGAUACGUUUC